GCAACGUCCUUGCUCAGGCUUUGAACCGGAGAAGCUGCUCUGGAGCUGUCCAUGGCCUCCCCAUGGCCAACCUGAGCUGUGCGCCUCAGCGUGCGGCCCCAUUUGGAAAACCUGUGGACUCCAGGGCCGGCGGCGGCUGCUGCCCCGAAGGACCCGGCCCUAGGCGGUGGCGAUGGGGACCGCCCGGAUCGCACCCGGCUUGGCGCUCCUGCUCUGCUGCCCGGUGCUCAGCUCCGCGUACGCGCUGGUGGAUGCCGAUGACGUCUUUACCAAGGAGGAACAAAUCUUCUUGCUGCAUCGAGCCCAGGCGCAGUGUGACAAGCUGCUCAAGGAAGUCCUGCGCACUGCAGCCAACGUAAUGGAGUCAGACAAGGGAUGGACACCCGCGUCCACAUCAGGGAAGCCCAGGAAAGAGAAGGCCUCGGGGAAGUUCUACUCUGAGUCUAAGGAGAACAAGGAGGGGUCGGCUGGCCGCAGGCGCCGAGGACGCCCCUGCCUGCCAGAAUGGGACAACAUCGUGUGCUGGCCACUAGGGGCACCAGGCGAAGUGGUGGCUGUGCCCUGUCCUGACUACAUUUAUGACUUCAAUCACAAAGGCCAUGCCUACCGACGAUGUGACCGCAAUGGCAGCUGGGAGGUGGUGCCGGGGCACAACCGGACCUGGGCAAACUACAGCGAGUGCCUCAAGUACAUGACCAACGAGACUCGGGAACGGGAGGUGUUUGACCGCCUGGGCAUGAUCUACACCGUGGGCUACUCCAUGUCCCUGGCCUCUCUCACCGUAGCCACGCUCAUCCUGGCCUAUUUCAGGCGGCUGCACUGCACGCGCAACUACAUCCACAUGCACAUGUUCCUGUCCUUCAUGCUGCGCGCCGCCAGCAUCUUCGUCAAGGACGCGGUGCUCUACUCGGGCUUCACGCUGGACGAGGCCGAGCGCCUGACCGAGCAGGAGCUGCAGAUCAUCGCGCAGGCGCCGCCGCCGCCCGCCGCCGCCGCCGUGGGCUACGCGGGCUGCCGCGUGGCCGUGACGUUUUUCCUCUACUUCCUGGCCACCAACUACUACUGGAUUCUGGUGGAGGGCUUGUACCUGCACAGCCUCAUCUUCAUGGCUUUCUUCUCAGAAAAGAAGUACCUGUGGGGGUUCACCGUCUUCGGCUGGGGUCUGCCCGCUAUCUUCGUGGCUGUGUGGGUUGGUGUCAGAGCUACCUUGGCCAACACUGGGUGCUGGGACCUGAGCUCUGGGCAUAAGAAGUGGAUCAUCCAGGUGCCCAUCCUGGCCUCUGUUGUGCUCAACUUCAUCCUUUUCAUCAACAUCAUCCGGGUGCUUGCCACCAAGCUGCGGGAGACCAACGCGGGCAGGUGUGACACACGGCAGCAGUACCGGAAGCUGCUCAAGUCCACGCUCGUGCUCAUGCCGCUCUUCGGAGUCCACUACACCGUGUUCAUGGCCUUGCCUUACACCGAGGUCUCAGGGACGCUCUGGCAGAUCCAGAUGCACUACGAGAUGCUCUUCAAUUCCUUCCAGGGAUUUUUUGUCGCCAUCAUAUACUGUUUCUGCAACGGUGAGGUACAGGCAGAGAUCAAGAAGUCUUGGAGCCGCUGGACAUUGGCAUUGGACUUCAAGCGCAAGGCGCGAAGCGGGAGCAGCAGCUACAGUUAUGGCCCAAUGGUGUCUCACACAAGUGUGACCAACGUAGGACCCCGUGCGGGACUCAGCCUUCCCCUCAGCCCCCGCCUGCUACCUGCUGCCACCACCAAUGGCCACUCCCAUCUACCCGGCCAUGCCAAGCCAGGGGCGCCAGCUCUUGAGACAGAAACCACACCGGUUACCGUGGCUGUUCCCAAGGACGAUGGAUUCCUCAAUGGCUCCUGCUCAGGCCUGGAUGAAGAGGCCUCUGGGCCUGCAAGGCCACCCCCUUUGCUACAGGAAGAGUGGGAGACAGUCAUGUGACUGGGCACCAGGAACCAAACUACUGGCAUGGGUAGAUGGACAGAUGGACCAAAAAACUUAUGGUUGGAUGGUGGCCCAUUUAGGGCUGGGCCAGGAGGAAAAACAAAGGAAAAAAAGAAAACAAAAAAAAAAAAAAAAAAGGAAAAGGAAGCGGUGUGUGGCUUCCUGUGGUCUGAA